UUGUAAUGGGUAUGGCCCGUAAUUCGACUGUGGAAUCGCGGUUAGAAUGUGUUUGUUUUAUUUUCAGAUACUACGGUAAGAGUAUUGGUAAAAUAUUGUAAACUCGACAGUAAUUUAUAGUGGCGUCGUAUAAAUUUGUGAAGGUAUAAAAAGGAAUUGUGUUCUGUCAGUGUAAUUAUUAAGAUAUUCAUUGUUAGUGAGUCCAUCUAGCGUUUGGGGCAAAUACCAAAUCCAACACAAGGAGGCCUUUCUAGCCAACUUGUUUGCCGCCAGUUUGGCUAAUCAUUCCUUGAGCCAAUCCCUGCUGAGGACGCUUGAAACGGAUCACAUGGGUUCAACAUGACUAAACCAACAUGGGGAUUUCGACAGGAUUAUCGCCAGAGAUGCCUGAAGAUUGCAGGUGAAAGUUUUGGAAGAUGCCAAGAAAGCUCAGAUCACAAGAUGGGAAUCCGUAUGAAGCCAUACGGGGGUUGUGGGAAGGAGCUUAUGUAUCUCAAUUUGUUCGUCUCUUCCAAAAGAAAUUUGGUUUUCCAAGCAUAACAACCUGGGACCUUGAGGACGCUUUGGUAGAUACUGGUAGUCUUCUUGUUCCAGAUAUCUGUGCUCGCUUGCUGAGGUUUCUCACUGAAAAGAAAGAUACAUUGAUUGAAAACUUUGAGACAACUUUGUGUAGUUUGAUAAAUAAAGAAAAAGAAGGCCCAUUACAUAUUCAGGACUGCAGAGUAGGUGGUUGGAAGGAGCUUAGUCCAGAGGAUAAGCUGGGUGUUUUGAAGUGGUUGGUGGACCAUGUGUACGAGAAGAAAGAAGAGGAUCUUGCUGAAUAUUUGGAUGAGAAUUAUAACUCAGAUGAUUUGCGAGGAAUCUGUGCUGGUCAGGAUGCAUUUAAAAAUUUGUACUGGUACUUAGAUGAUCUUCGGCUAUAUCGAGAUAAUUCCUUUAAGAAGCCUAGCAAGAAAGAGUGGGAGUGUGUGUGUGUAUCACUUGCUGAUUGGCAGUCAUUUCUUAAACAGUUUAGAAAAACUACAAACCUUCAGGAACGUGAAUUGCAUACUUACCUCAACUAUCAGUUGUUCCCUUUAAUUGAAAGCCAACUGAAGGACCUUGAGAAUAAAGAGAAGAAUCAAGAAGCUGAGAACUUGAAGCUAUUGAAGCAAGAACAGAAAGAAGUUAGGAAAAUGUUAGAAAAAAAAGUCACAUGUAGUGGAACUGUUGCAACUUUAACAAAUGUGAAUGGCAUAGACUCGUUAUGUCAUGAAAACAUUAAUAAAACAAUAAAAACUUCCAGUGAGGCUACUGAAAAUGGCCUAGAGGAGUUUUUGCCCAAAGUUGAGGCAACAAAGAUUGAGCGUGACAUCAAAAUGAACCUCAGUGAGGAGGGCAAAGGGUUACUUGUAAAUAAUAAUAGUACUGGUGCUAAAAUAGUGAAUGGAAGUGCUGAUAUCUCUUCCAGUGUUGUGAAUAAUUCAUGUAGCAUUCUCUCUUCGAAUCCAUGCAGCACAAGUGGACAAGAAGGAUGCCAAGAAGCGGGAAAGGUAACUGUUAAUGGAAGUAAUUGUUCCACUUCUGGUAACCCUGGGAGUAAUACCCAAGCAUUGGAGAAUUCUCAAGAUGCAACUCUUCCAGGACUAACAGACAAUCGCAGUGAAGGUUCAGUUAGUAGUAACAAAGAGAAUGCACCUCCUUCAGGUGGAGUCAACACAACAGACAUCCCUCCAGUAUCAGCAAUCUCAAAUAUGGUGUGUUCUACAGCACCUAUCCAAGCAUCAAAUUAUGUCCAGCCACUACCAAGCAACAUGCUCAAUAAAUCUUCUGUUUCUAUGGAGACACAGUAUAUGCAACAACAGAGCCAAAUUUUUGUAUUUUCUACUAUGUUAGCCAACAAAGCAGCAGAAACUGUCAUAUCUGGCCAUUUCCCUUCAAUAAUAGCUUUUCAUUGUAACCAACCAGGCACAAAACGUUUUCUUGAGAAACACCCUCUGAAGGUUCAUCAGUUUAAUCGUCAAAAUACAGCAUCAUGGCUUAACAGCUUGGCUCAAGGAAAGCAAAAUAAACAGCUGAAGGUAGGGAGUGUGAGUCAGCUACCAGGGCCAUCCAUGAUGAACCACCAGCUAUCUUCUGGACAACCUAUGUGUGCUGGCCCUUGUACAAUUCAUGGAACUGCUCCUUGCUCUGGUCCUAGUGGAGGCAGUGGUUGGCCAGGAAACCCCAUGGGAGCUCCUGGUUUAGGGCCUUGUGGCCCAUCUGACAUGAAUCCUCGGUCAGUAGCACCCCAUUGGUGCUCUCAUCAGGUACAAGGUGCACCCCAUGGAAUGAGUAUGAAUUCACAGCAAAAAUUUCAACCUCACAUGACAAACCCAGGUCAGAAUUCAGGAAUGCGACCAAUGAUACGUGGUACUUUACCUUGUAGCAGUGGAGGGCCUAUUAGUUCUAAUGUACCUGGGUGUUGCUCUAACCCAGGAGCCUACUUUCAUGGUUCUCCUAGUGGACCAUGUGGAACUUCCCAAGUUCCAUCCUCCCUUACAGGAGUGAAAAUUCCUGAUGAAAAUUUGACACCCCAGCAACGCCAGCACCGGGAAGAGCAAUUAGCAAUGAUCCGUAAAAUGCAGCAAUGGCUAUUUCCAGACCAGCAAGGCAGUGAGGGCCCUCCACCCUCAGAACCUAUGAUUAAUUCACAGGGGAUGAUUAUACCUGGGGGAAUGGGAGGACAGGGUUGUAUACCUGGUACUGAGAUGUGUCCACAAGCCGGGAUGGAGAUGAUGUUUGGUCCACAUGGGUGUAUGAUGGGUGACCAUCAUCCUCACCCACCUUCAGAUGGUGGGAUGUAUCAUGUGCCUUCCAGCAUGAUGGGCCCUCAAUAUCCUUCUCAGCAGAAUGUUCCACCAUCCUCAAUGGCAGCCCAGCUAGAGUGGCAGAAACUUCAGCAGCAGUUCAUUGAGGAAAAACAGAAGAAGCCUUCAGUGCCCCAUCCCUCUCCUAUUGGACCCCAGACUCAGUCAGCAGUUAAUAGCCCAAACCCAAAUGUUGGAAUGAGUCCAAGUGCAAGGGUGCAAGGGCCACCUCCACCUUAUCAUCCCAACCCACAAGGAGCCAUGCCAAGCCCUCAUUCCUCUUCUCCAAAUUUGUCUAUGCCAUCUCCAAGAAUGCCUUCAGUAACAUCUCCUGCCGAAGCUUCUCGACAGUUUUCUCACCUCACACCCCCAGGUUCCCGCAUGCCUCAUCCAAGUCCUGGUAGUGGAGUUGGAAACAGUAUGCAUUCUACACCCAUGAACUCUCCAAAGCCACCACCUUCCUCCUCUACAUGCAAUACUCAGGCAAGUGGAAAUAUUCGGACAUCCAGCUCUUCUUCUAUUGCUAACACAACAACAAGUACAGUGGCUUCUGUACUAGCUAACUUUAGUCCUGUAUGUACAAACUCAUCCAGGAAAGCUCCUGCACAACAACCACCACCACAGGAUAUUAACUCUACAAUGAUAACUAACCGUACAUCCAUGUCGCCCCUCACACAGCCUUCAACAGAAGACAUGUUUUCGUCUAGCUGUGGUCAUCAUCCUUGUAACUCUGUUGCAUCGUCUCACAAGACAAUUCAGAACCAACAACUUUCCCUACAGUCAGGAAAUUUGGGGAAAGAAGCCAGCUUGAUGCCAGUUCCAUCUCCACAACAAAUCUUGUACCUUAAUUCAUUUGAUGGUCAGGAGCUUACUAUUCAGAAACAGCCCAAUACUAGUCUAGAAGUUGACCUUAUGUCUCCUCCAAGAUUGCCCACAGAUACCUCUCAAAUGACCUCAUCUCAGGCUUUCUCUAGACCUGAAGGAAUUCAGGGCCCACUGCCAGUAACAACGAUAUGUGAUGCUCCUGACAAUAUGAAUGGUCAGACUUAUAUUAGACCGCAGGCCCCUGGAGUGGAAAAUAACCAUUCUAGGUAUCCUUUUUCUAACCAGAUGGCUGGACUUGAAAACAACCCUCGUUUUAUUAAUCCUGCAUCUCAAGGAAUGGAUCUUGGUAUGCAGCGGUACUCGGUUCCUCAGAACUCUAGCUUAGAAGGAAUGGCUAGAAUGGCUGGUGCUGGGACUUUGGAACGAUUUCCUGGUGGAAUUGGCUUUGGGAAUGGUGUUAGGCCAGGCAGUUCAGGUAUGGAAGGCAUGCAGAGGUUUUCUGGUCCUAGUAGCAGUGUAGAAAUGAUAAACAGGUUUAGAGGACCUACAUCUGGCAUGGAGAUGAUGCAACCACGAUACCCUGGCCCUGGGCCACAAAUAAUAGGCCCAGAUGGAAUGCAUAUCCAUUCUCAAUUUCCACCUUCUGGGGCUGAAGCUAUGCAGCCACACCAGUAUGCAAGUCCUGCUCAACCAAUGAUGUCGAAUGAAAGCCACUCUCAUCUCCAGUCCCUCCAGAAAAUGACUCCACCUUUUGAUAUCUCUCCUGGAAGUAAAUUGUCUUCAGAUAUUGCCCAGCAUGGGACAAUAGGCCAUAUGGGUCCAGGACCACCUCAGCCUUCUUAUCAGGCCUUGGGAUCUCAGAAGCUCACACACUUUGAUCCAAUUGCCUCCAUCGCUGCCAUGAGUGAUUCAGCUGGGCCAGUAUCUUCAGCCAUGUCUCAAGCUCAGCAAAGUAUGAUGACUACAACUAUGAAUAUGUCCAGUAUGCAUGUAAGUGGUCAUUUAGGAAACAACUUAAAUCAGCCACAUGUGGUAAAUUUUAACACUGCAAUGCAGUCAGUUCAAGGGGUCCAACAGUCUUUAACCCAGCAGGGAGGACCAGGUGAACCUUCAGGACAGCAACAGUUUAUGGGUUCUCAGAUGGCGCAUAACAUGGGUGGUGGUCCCCAGACUGUGAAUAAUACCUAUGUUAAUGCCACUAUGUCCAUACAACAACUUAACAUUCAGAAUGUAACAACAUCAACUUACAGUUCUACCAUGCACCAUCCUCAUUCAUCUGUGAUUCAAGGACAGGCCUUGGGUGCACAGACUGCUAGUUCUUCUGCUACCACAAACCAACCCAUUACUCACAGUAUGGUAUCUCCAAAAUCCACUAUGAACAUAGGCAGUGCAGUACCCCGUGGACCCAGCCAAUCACAACCUUUCCCAGGACAUCCUGUGUGUGGGCAAAGAAUGAUGAGCCCUACAGGUGCAGCCAUGGGCCCAGGAAUGAUGGCCAAACCCCAAGGGCCAACAGGUGCUCCCUAUAAUAGUACAAAUGUACAAGUGAAAGCAAGUGCCCCAAAUACUAUUCAAUACUUACCAGCAAGACCCACUUCAGCUCUUCCAGAACCUAAUCGACCACCCAGUUUAGAGUUCUUGCAGAGAUUUGCUACACCAUUAACCAAUCUUGAUGCUAAGGUACCAACACAUAAUUUGCAGUAUUUCCCAGGAGCAACACCAAUUAACACAAACAUGGGACCACCAAUGGGUCUUGCGGGUCCAGGGCAGAUGAUGGUCAGCGCUCAGCGGCCAAUGGGCAUGGGAACAGGAGCAAUGUUGCGAGGACCACCAGGAGGCCACCAAAUCAUGAAUAGUGGUCAACUGUAUCCUGGCCCAGGUGGUCCUGGAGGACAUGAUCCUGCAAUGUUUGGUCAACCACUGAGGUUACAAGGUAGUUCUAUGAACAACCAGCUGAUAAGUAUAGGUGGCAUGGGAGGAGGGCAAAGUGUAGGAAUGUUUCCUGGAAAACAAACUCAAAUGUCUCCUGCAGGAAUGACGGAUGUCAGCCAGCCCCUUCAACCAUCUUUAGGACAUUCAAUGAAUUAUAAACAUUCUCCUCUGUAUGCCCCCACAACUGCUGACCCAAACUAUGCAGUGCAGUUUCACAAUUUUCAACAACAACUGUAUGCUACUAAUACUCGUGGUAGCCAGAUGAACUCUCAGAGAAACAUGCCAUCAGGACAGACUUUCUUUGGUCCUAAGUGAACAACUAUCUGUGACUUGUAACAAUUGGAUGCUCAUUAUCAAAUUACCAUUUAGUGUUGUACUGUUUCUCAAAUUUCAAGUUCCUUCAACUAGGCUGAGCUGCAAUGGGUAAUCAUGUGUACAAAUACCAGUAACUGUGUAUAUACCAAUACCUACAUGUACUUAAAAAAUGAUAAUGAUGAAUAUCAUAACUAGGUAUGUCCAUAUCUAUAUAUGUAUGUGAAUGCCUAAAAAUGUCAGUGUGUUGAAAUGAUGUUUCUUCUUUGCUCAAUAGUUGCAACAGAAAUAUGUAAAUCAAGGCCACAGAACUUGAGGUGAUGUUAGUUUAUAUAUAGAGUUGUGGCUAACCUGUCUUGUUAAGUACAAGUAUUCAUAAACUCUGGAGAAUGGUGUAACUGUUGCUUGUUUAUAGUUUGUUUUUGUUUAAAACCUAAAGCAGUUUUAAACUGCACCUGGUGCCAUGUUGUUGUGUGUGGUGUUCUACAGAAACUAUUGCUGUUUCAAUGGCAGCUCACUUCAACCUUGCCUGGACAUUAUUGUACUUUUAAUAGACCCAUUGUACAUCUUUGGUUAGGUUGCAGGUUAGAAUAAAAUUUUGGUGCCAUUUGUUUUUCAUGUUCAUUUGACUGUGUAAUGAUAGUGUAUAUAGCUUUUACAGUCUUUAGCAUGUAUGCAAGAUAAACCAGUGACAAUAUGUUUUAUAGAAAAGUGGAAAGUUACAGAAUUGUACCCAGUAGCCAUGAGUUCUUAUAGGAGAUACUGAGGUCAUAGUUGCAAGUAACGAACCUCAUUAUUUUGUAUUUUAUUACUUAGGAUAAUAAUGCCUUUACACAUAGAAAAAUAUAACCUUACUGUGUUCUUAUGCAAUUACUUAGGUCCAUUCCUAAAGUGAAAUAUUUGAUUUCCACACCCAAACUCUUUUUGGUGAAACUAUGUGGUGCUUAUUUUCCUUUUUUUUUUUUUAUUAUACAAACUGAGUAACCAUACUAUAAAGCACAAAUCUAGCAAUCAGUGUUCAAGAACACCUUAAGACUGUACAAAAGAAAAAAAUUAGAAUUAAUACUUAAAUGUUACUUUAGCUUUUUUAAAGAUACAUGUAUGGUUGCUCAACUUUCAUGUUUGUUGUUAGUGAAAUGUCUAUAUUGUUUUGUUGAAGUUUUAGGUUGUAAAAUAAAAUGAUCUUUUUGGAGUGAAUCAGAAAAUUGGAAGAAUUUACAUUAUUUUGAAUGGUACUAACCAGUUCCAUCAUACGUGUAAUCUUUAAGUUUGCCUAGACUCAAUGAACACCUGUUAGUAGCUAGAAGUUGUACAUAAAGACAGUUUAUAUAACUUGUUACUAAUGUAUUCUCAUAACAUUGUGUAAAGAUGCAAGACUUGCUCUGCCCGUUUCUUGUUUUGUUGUAAAGUGUCAUCUUUUGGCAAAAGUUUUAAUUCUGGUCACUAGAACACUUUUGUAAGCAGCUUUGGAUUUGGAAAAAAAAAGGGGGGGGGGAAGGAGGAUGUUUUCUGUACAUACUGUUAGGAAGAGAGGAAUUCCAGAGCAAGUUCCUAAAAUGGCAAGAUGCUAAUAGGAAGUACAUUUUAAUUGAUUCAAAAUUAAAUUUUUUUAGCACUGGUUAACAGCUUAUUAGAAUAUAAAAUACAUCAGAGGGAUAACCCAUCAUUUAAACAUUGUGUAAUAUUAAAAUGAAGAUGAAAUAGGAAUUAAUUACCAUCCCUUAAGAAGUAAUACGUGUUUAAUUAUGACAAUGUAUAAACAUAAAUUUUGCAACAUUUUCUUCAUUCUUUACAAGACGAUAUCUGAGUAAGCAUUUUUAUAACCUACUUUAUUUUAGAUGGUUUCUUUGUUGUAAUACAUUGAUAGAGUUCAUGAAAGAAAGUUAUUUUCUUGUCUUUCAUUUCCGAAGAAGACAUCAGUCAUUUUGUCAUAAUGUGGUGAAAUGAAAAUCGGCUUUAGUCUCUCUAAAGUAGGAACUUGUAAAUCUAAAAAAUAAGUGAAGACAUGAACUAAUAUUUUAAAAUAUACAAGACAAAAUAGAUAAUUCUUUUUUUAUUCUAUAUAUAGGUAGAGUAGUUGAUACAUUUAGCAUUUUAAGGUCCAAAAAUUGUAGCUUAACAGAAUUGGGUUUUUUCUUUUUUCUCAAAUGAAUCUUAUUAGUGAGAAAAUGGACAAAAGUAACGUAUUAGGUGAAAAAUCACUAGAUUUUAAUUGUAUAUAUUAAAAGCUAUAUUUUUAUAUGAAAGUCAUAAGUGAGCUAAGUUGUAAUGAAAAAACAAUCUUGAUAAAAACUGUUAUUCAAAUUAGCUUGAUUAUUGAAGCACUUUGCUGUUUCUUGUUAUAGAUGUUGGCUUUUGUAAGAGUGGUCUCAAAAAUGUAUAAUAAUGAAAACGUUUAAAUAUUCAGUUUUCUAUCACUGUGCAAAACCUUUUAUUAGCUUGUAUGUUUUUUAGUCUUCAUUUUUGUAACACAAAAUGUAGCGUAUCUCCUGUAAUUACUGAUGGCUAGUUUCCAGGAUUGCAAAUUUUCUACAGCUGUUUCAUUAUACCGAAGACAGCCUAAUUGACUUAAUGAAAUUAAUUUUCAUCAAAUGAAAAGAAAUGGCACUUCAAUGGUGUUUUAAUACCUUUCAGUGGUCUGUCAAUUGUUAGUGAAGAUUUUAUUUUUUUUUACCUUAGAGUUGUAACACAAAUUGAUAAAAACUUGAAACUUGCCAAUUUUUAGUAAACGCACUUUAUCUAGUAUCUAGUUUUAACAUUAUUUGUGAAACUAUAUUUGUUUAUGAAAAUCCCUUCAAUGUAUUAUUUGAAUAAUUUGGUAUCCUCAAGUAUUUGCGAUCUUAUUGGUUGUACAAGAACUCUUGCUUGCUCUCCUAAGUACCACUACUAUCCAUAAACAGAUUUUUAUUUCCUAACCAAAUGUGUGAUUACUUUUAAAAGUGUUCAUGUAAAUAAAUUUGGCAGCACAGCUGACCAAUCAGGUUGUUUAAUGGCAUCAUGUGACUGAAAUUUUAAAGUUACUCUAAAGUUUGUUUUGAACUCACUCCCCACUUUGUAAAAUAACACCUGUAGGUAGUUCCUAUCAUGUACAGCGGUUGAUUCUGAACCUGUUUGGCAACUAAAGGCAAGCAUACACAAUGUAGUAGUUUAGGGUCAUGCAGAUAAGAUAUAUAUAUUUUUGAUAUAUUAUAUAUAUUUUGAAAACUUACUGCUUACAAAUAGACAAGGCUUCUAAUGCCAAUUGCUACCCCAGUUGGUGUGCAUUUUUUUUUCUGUCUGUUGGUUUAUGACCACAAAGCUGCACAUUAUGUGUUGUGUGUAUGUGUGUGAUGGUUUCCAUGUCUACUAAUCAUUUGGGGAAUGGAUGAAAUAAAAGUUGUUUUGAGAAAAAAGAAAAAAGUUGCAACUAAUUUUCUUUACUAUGCCACUCCAAACAGAUGAGGGUUCAGUAAGCAUUUUAUAUCAAACAUAAAAGUUAUUUAAAUGCUUCUCUUUUGUUUUUCAGUUGGUCAGUAUGGGCUUUUAACAAGAAAGCAGCAGAGGAGGGGUUAGUUAAACCAGCAAAACUGCUGAAAGUUGAAUCAUAGGAAAAAAUGGAUUAAUAUUAAAAUAACCUAAAUGAAAAAAACAAUAUUUUAAAGCACUAUAAAAAACGAAAACAAUGCAUAUUAAAAAAAAAGUUUUAUGUUCAUUGUAACUUGUUUGCAAGGAAAUACAUGUAAGGCAUUGAAAUUCAUGAUUUUGAUUAAAAAAGUAUAUUUGUAAAUCUUUGAAAAAGCACCACACUUGGAGGUAGAUUGUUAUCUUUAAAAGUUAGCACUUGUAUCACAAAUUGUACCAUAGGACAUGCCUUUUCAGAUGUAGGAAUCUCAAUAAUAAACUAAUGUUUGUUA